AUGCCGUUCAAAGGUCCGCGACCAGAGGAACGUAAUAAUGCAUUGGUAACGCCCCUCUCAGCUGCAGCGCGUGACUUUUAUAAUGAAAAGCAGUCGAAUGUCUAUACGACACAAGCAAAUGCCAGUAUUCAGAGAGAUCUGACGCGUCAUACCUUAGAGCUCUUGCAAUUGAAGUCAAUGAAGUGGAUACAUUCUACUGCAAAGACAAAUGCGUUUAUUCUCUUAGACUUGGGUGCAGGCUCUGGAUUAAGCACAAAAGCAGCCCAGGAUUGGUUGAACGAACAAGAAAUGAUGACAGCUUUUACAUUGGCCUUUGACAUUAGUGCAUCCAUGCUCGCUCUCGCUUCAGAAGAAGAAAAACAUUGGGCGUAUGAAGCUCAAGCAUGUGCUGACUUUUAUUGUGGAAAUGCAGCACAAAAACUGCCAAUUCGCGACGGUGUUCUUGAUGCUGCAAUUGGAAUAUCUAUGCUGCAAUGGCUGCAGCCAAAGGGACUGGAAAUUUGCUUUUCAUCGCUGGUAAAACAGCUUUCCAGUUGUCACGAUACUCGUGCGGUUUUUCAGGUUUAUCCGUCAAGCUUAGAGUACGUGAAUAUAAUGGAGAAGACUGCGUUGCGUGUGGGAUUUCAUCGUGCAGAACUGUUCGUGUCGUUUCCUCAUACGACGACGGCAAAAAAGUGGUUUUUGUCUUUGGAUAAGAUGAAGAGCGUGGCAGGUAAGGGUAAAGAAAAUCGAAACAUCGAGAAGAAGCAGGAUGAGCUGUGUCUGUUUGCUAGACGAUAUGAGCGACGCUGUGUCCUGCAAUGGCUUGGAAAGGAGAGUAAGUAUAUGAACGAAAUUCGAGCGCGAGUCGAGAAAGAGCAUGUGAAAACAGCAUGGCACAUCUGGCGGAAAUAUCGACGUGCAAUGCUGGAUGAUGAAACUUCAGCUACGCCAUUAAUAAAGCAGGCUUUGCAUACAAAAGCUCAGCAAUCGCGUGAGCUAUACCCAAGUGACAAAGCCAUUGGUCGGGCAAUGCAGGUACAAUUUGAAGAAAGAGCAGGGAGAAUCACACUUGCUUUUCUGCUGCAACAUACAGCAGAAGUUGUCGACGUGUUACACAUAGCUUAUACGAAGUCUACAAAGGUAGAACAAAAAAGUUAG